AAUUACGUAAUACAAGUGUGAAUAUACAUACAUUUUUUUCAUACAGUGUGAGGUUAUUUUACAGGAAAACAGUGACGGUCUGGAAAUUGUUGAUAUCAAUGGCGUCUCGUGAAGAAUACGAAACAAAAUGGAAUGUGACAAACAUUGAUGGAGAACGUAUCCAGCUUGCGUGGCUGAUGUAUUCAGCGUACAUCAUCGUAUUUCUGGUGUCAAUAUUCGGCAACUCAGUUCUCAUAUUAAUCAUCAGAAGAAGCAAAUCUAUGAAGAACACCACCAACUUCUUGAUUUUGAAUCAAUCAUGCUCGGAUUUACUGGCAACGUUUUCAAGAGUAAUCUAUAUAGCGGUGAUACAAGAUAUUUCCUUACGCAAAUUAUGGUUUGGGGGAAUUUCAGGCCAAGUCACGUGCAAGUUAUUUCUCACGUGCCUUUUUGUUCCACGCAAUUUUUCAGUUUUGAUUCUUGUGGCGAUAGCUAUAGAUCGUUUUUUUGCCGUCACCCAGCCGUUCAGGCGGUCGCCUCUAUCUCAACACCUCAAGAAAACCAUAGUGUUGCUGUGGCUAUGGUGCAUUGUUGCUUCGUCUUAUAUGCUUGUUAAGGGAACCGUGAAAAACAUCCAAGAUUCAUUUUACUGCGACUACAACGAAAACCCUGAUAAUAUAUUCAACGAGUGGAAAGAAUUCAACGCUUCUGCUAUUAUUAUUUUAUGUAUUCUGCCUGUGUUCAUAGUGGCAGUUUUAUAUACCAUUGUAUGUUACAAAUUGUGGUCACGUGAGGUCCCAGGCGAGCAAACCAAUCACAGUCAAGCAUCAGCGGAGGCCUUAAAGACCGCAAAGAAAGUCACCAAGAUGAUGGUAGUUGUUGCGGCGUUAUUUGUUUUGUGUUGGUUUCCAUACUAUUUGAAUUUAGUGGUGCAGUUUACUGGUCAUGGAAAAAGAAAUUAUAAAUCAGAGUUGAGCCUCGUUUGGUUAACCGUUGCUUUCAGCGGUUUUAAUCCUUACAUUUAUCUCACUUUUAAUCAAGCGUUCCGAAAUGGAUUUCACCACUUAUUUGGAAAAAGCUCCAGGCAAAUCAAGAUUCAAAAUGUUUUGUCUUUUCGAUCGCAAAGUGUAGAAUUAGAGCAAAUGCACAAUGUAGUGGAACAUCCAUCCAAAACAAGAAAAAGUGUCCCCGGAACAUAAGUGUCCCUCUUAUGACAAUUACAGAAACCUAAGAUUGGAGAGUUUUUUCCACUGAGUUACUACCAAACUUUGUUUUCCCUAAAAGGCAGUGUCCUCGGAAUUUCGCAAAUGUGGUUCGACGAAACUAUGGUCAUUGAUCGAACCAAAUUAACAAACGUCUAUAGUUGGAUUCGGUUUCAAAUAACGAGCCGUUAUAUUCGGUAUAUAUUAUAUAUAUCUUAUUGAGACUACACAUUCUGUCAUCUGAUGCAUUACAAAUGUAUAUAAACCUUUAGCUUAUGAAGAGUGGGGUCUAACCAUAACCAAUUAACAUUGAAUUAACAUAAGAUAGUUUUAAAAUACCCUAAUAAAAAUUUCAUGGAAGAUGACCAAUAUUUAAAGAAUUUUUGUUAUUAAAAU